CCCUAUCAAUCUGUACAGUAUUCCUAAUUGACCUUUCUUGUCACUCUUUAAACCGAUGUAAUUGUUUUGUUUCUUGGUUGUGUUUUCUUUUCUCUUCGUCCCUUACAGCUAUACCUCUCAAUGGUCCCUCAAUUGCACCCACCGCUGAGCUUCAAUUGAGCACGUCGCCAACUUGGUGAGCAUUGAGAAGAUGUCUCAUCACUUCCACGUUGGCGCUGCUACCGGGCAGCAUCUUCUCGAUCCAAUGUCACAGGGAAUCGGUAUCAUGAGAGACGUUGUCUCGCGCUGGUCAGAACUCGACAUCACACAGAUCGGAUCGCUCAUUGCUAUCGCCGGAACAGUACCUACAGCCUGGAGAUUUCUCCAUCGCAUAUGGCAUGAAGUCUACGGUACAGUACGGCGUUUCUUUCUCGCAUCUGUGACCAUUCCCGGUGGCGAUCCUCUCAACAGAAGUGUUGUCAAAUGGAUUCUGGCUAACCGGGAACGACACUAUCGUUCAUUCCAUGGACGCACCGAUAUCGGACAGAAUGGAGAUCGCGCCGCAGCCCUGAAAAAGACAAAGCAUUCUAUCCAGUAUUCACCCCACUGGAACACAAGAUGGCUAUUUUAUGAGGGAAACCUGUUUCUUGUGACACGCAGAAUCGACGACUUCAGCUCUUGUUUAUCGGAUCCCAGUUAUGACGGUAUCGGAGGAGAAGAAAUCACUGUGAGCUGCUUUGGCUGGUCGGCUGAGCCCAUCAAGGCCUUUAUCGAAUCAUGCCGGGAGUAUUCAGAUCGACAAACACAGUUUUUUGUGAUCAUCUACGCUCGAGAUCGCUAUGGUCUUUCGUGGAAACCAAAGGCACGGAAACCAAUUCGACAUUUAGAGACUGUUCACUUCGACAAUGAGACUAAACAAGAGCUUCUUGGCGAUAUUCGAAAUUAUCUUGAUCCCAUGACACAGAAGAGAUAUCAGAGUCGCAGCAUGCCUUAUAGACGAGGCUAUCUAUUUUACGGACCCCCUGGAACUGGAAAGUCAUCGUUGUCAGUUGCAAUUGCUGGCGAGUUUGGACUGGAUCUUUAUGAAGUCAAGAUCCCUAGCGUUGCCACGGAUGCAGAUCUGGAACAGAUGUUCCAAGAGAUUCCUCCACGGUGUGUAGUCUUGCUCGAAGAUAUCGAUGCAGUUUGGACAGAUCGUUCAAACUCAGAUAACGGGCAAGAGGGAAGUUCUGCGCCUAACUGCACCCUUUCCGGACUUUUGAAUGUCUUGGAUGGCGUUGGUUCUGUUGAAGGACGCAUCAUUAUCAUGACCACGAAUCAUCCCGAACAGCUGGACAGCGCAUUGGUCCGACCAGGACGAGUCGAUAUGAAGGUUCUCCUGGGCAACAUCAGCCGAAAGUCAGCCGAAGAGAUGUUCAUUCGCAUGUUUUCUCCUGAUCUCGGAUGCACCUCGCAUCUUGAUAUGGAUGAGAUCAAGAAGCUUGCUGCGGAAUUUGGGAAAGAAAUUCCUGACAACACGUUCACGCCAUCGUCAUUACAGGGCUUCUUUCAGUUACAUUUGGAGAGCCCUCGAGAGGCUGCUUCAAGUAUAGGAGCUUGGGUUAAAAGGGAGCUCGAUAGGAGUUCGGAAAAGGAGUUUGAGCUUAUUACUGGUAAGAGAAAGCUAUAGCGUUAACUUAAUCUGUGUAUUAUGUACUGUUAGAUCAUUGGCUUGUACGAUAGGGAUGCAUUCUUUGACAAUUUAUCUACCCCAUUCUUGGGGUUCGUUAGAUGGCUCUCUAGUUUGGGUAUCGCCUUCUGAUUUCCGACUGUCACCAG